AAUACACCCAUCACCCACCAUAAUACAUAUGUAUACACACAUACAUACAUAUUUAUUGCGUUAAAAGGUGUUUUGUUUUAGCAGCAACAGUUGCCGUCGCGAACUUAUAAGAAAGACACAAGCAAGUCGCUUUCCGUUGGCUCUUACGCCACUUCAGUAUUGCUACGACUUGCGUUCCUCACAGUUGCUGAUAACGUUACGUUUAACUUCCGUCUACGCUUGGCGUUUGUGCUCUGUAUGCUACCAUCAAACUAACAAAUUAGAUAAAAAUAAUGCAAGAAACGUUUUUAUAUGAUCCAAGUCUGCUGGUGCAGCUGGAUUUUCAUCGCAGUCCCGCGAAUUUUAAACCCUUCAUAUCGGCUGCAAAUCCUGGCGAGCCGUGGAUGAAAGUGCGUCCUCUAAAAGAUACAGACUACGAUCGUGGCUUUCUGCAGCUGUUGUCGCAGCUGACGGCGGUGGGAAAUGUGACACGCACGCAAUUUCUAACACGUUUCUCGCAGAUGAAGGCCAGCGGUGAUUACUUUGUGACUGUUAUCGAGGACACGCGUAAGAAUGAGAUUAUUGGCGCUGCCUCUUUAGUGCUCGAACGCAAAUUUAUACACAACUGUGCCAUGCGCGCGCGCCUUGAGGAUGUUGUAGUUAACGACACCUACCGGGGCAAACAGCUGGGUAAACUCAUUGUGGUCACCGUUUCAUUGCUAGCUGAACAUUUGGGCUGCUAUAAGAUGACGUUGGACUGCAAGGAUAAGCUCAUCAAGUUUUAUGAAUCUCUGGGCUAUGUUCUUAUUCCCGGCAACUCGAACUCAAUGACCAUACGCUACGAUGAGGCCGCACCAACGUUAAAACGUAACACUACCUCGGCGGGCGCUGGCGAUGCUUGCCAAACUAAUUCACAAUUUUAUACUUUUUUCUCUCCUUUCUGCUACUGAAUAUGUGGGCCACGCCCUUUAAAGGUUGUUGUCAUACUGCCCUUCAAGAGCACGUUCAUCAAGUAGCUAUAACUUCUUACAACAAAUACAUUAUACUACUAAUAACUAUUCAA